UGAUCGGCUGUGUCCAAUCACAGCAGAUCGCAUCUGUCAUGCCCCAGAAGUGCCACCUGUGAGUGUCCAUCAAUGCCACCUGUCAGUGCUCAUCCAUGCCACCUGCCAGUGCCCAUCAGUGCCACAUCAAUGCCACAUAUCAGUGCCUACCAGUGCACAUCAAUGCAACAUAUCAGUGCCCAUCUGAGCUGCCUUUCAGUUUCAACUAUCAGUGCCAAUCAGUGCCAGUCAGUGCCACCUAUCAAUGCUGCCAAUCAGUGCCACCUAUCAGUGCCAGUCAGUGCCACCUAUCAGUGUGCAUCAGUGCCACAUAUCAGUGCCCGUCAGUGCUGCUUAUCAGUGCCGCCUAUCAGUGCCAGUCAGUGCCACCUAUCAGUGUGCAUCAGU